AUCAAUACAUUGAACACCUUAAAAGAAAGGUACAAGGUUUCCAAAUGUUGAAGAAAUGGUGAAGCAAUAAAUUGAUUUUUUUAAGUUAAUAUGUGAAAGUUGUACGCAUGCAGAAUGGUAUGAGGUGUUAUCCCAUUUUUCUUUGCCCAGGAGUGUACGGCUGUAGACAGUUUAUUAUGAUUUGCAGCAGAAUAUCUGAUAUGAACAUGGGACUGCAGACUGACUGCACUUAUUUUUAAUCCGGGUGAACACUGUGUGAUUUUUAAUAGUCCUUUGUGACUGCUGCUUGUCAGACUGUACGAACACGAUCCCCGCUGCACUGUGAGCCAUGUCACACUGUAGGAUCUCAGUUCUCAUUAAUGUCAGACUGUACAAGACGUGAAAAACCGACGCACACAAUAAGACUCAUACGGAGUAGGAGAAGUCACACUACAGGACUGUGCCUCAAAUCUUCUGACACUGCCAGAAUUUAAUCAGAGGGAAAAUCUGAUCACAACGGUCAUUAAUCUGCUGUCGGGGAACACGUCAAACUACCGAUCAAAGACUACAGAUUUUGGCCCAGGAUUAUAGGAAUCUUUUAGGAUUCUCAAAAUUAGUUUCAGACAUUUAUUCAUUUAUUCAUCAGACGACUAAAUCAUGGCCAAAAUCGUACAGUGUGAACCGGCUUAAGUAUUUAUACUCCGCUGUUGCUUAUAAAUCCAAACAUUUCUGCAUAUUGCAGCUAAAUAUCAGUUAAAACAAUAUGAUUUAAUAUUUAUUCUGCUAGCAUGGAUCUGUCCCUCUUCUGACAUACGCUCAGGGUCUUAUUGUGCUAAAAUGUUUUUCCUUCAGCCUGCUAGGAUGUUCAUGUUAGCAUUGUUGGUGGAUCGUGUAAAGAAAAUAAACUGAUAAAAUGAUGAAUGUGCUCGGAUCUGUACGCACCGUCUAAGAAGAGCACCGGUGAUGUGAGCAGAUUAUUGGACUGACAAAAUACAGAACAGGAUGUAGGACCGUGUGGCUAAAACCAGAUGUGAAACAGCAGCACUUGUCCUCAGAGCGCUGGAGGGAGUGUGUGAGAAAUGGCCAAACUCCUGUCUACAUUUCUUCUACAGAUGCUGUUUGGUUUCUUUACACCGUGUCUCCUUGAGAUCGCUUCAACUGAUCAUUUAUCUGUCCCUCCUGGAGAGAUCAUCACCCUGCUCUGUAACAUCACUAAUUAUUCUGAGAUAUCGUGGUAUCGACUGAGAUCUGAGGAGGUGAAUCUGCUGAUAUCUGCUGAGAAAUCUAAGCUGAAGAAAACCUUUUCCCUCAGUUAUAAUGUGAACAAGAGUCACUUUGAUAUGACAGAAAGCAGCAGUUCAGUCAGUUUAGUGAUUAUUGGAGUUAGAGAGACAGAUCUGGGAUUUUAUUUCUGUGGAGGUCGAAACAGAACGACACACAUUCAGUUUGGGAAAUUCAUCAGACUGGACUUUACAGCUGAUCAGCAUCAUGAGACUGAUCGUUCAGACACACAGCAGUCUGUAGGUCCUGCACUCUGUGGAAUUAUUAUUAUAAUCCUAUCAUGUGUGUGUGCGGUCUUUGUUUCAAUAAGCAUCAUCUGCUCCUCUCUGUACUGUUCCACGCUACAAGAUAAGUGUUCUUCCACUGGGGACUCAAACGAGAAGGAAGUGGACCUGCACCUGUCUGAUUUGACCUCUGUGACCUACACAAGUGUCUCAUGACGGCCCAGAAAUCAUCAGCAGCAUGAGGAUCAGAAUCAGCAGAGAACCUGCUACGAUCCCAUCGACCUCGCAUACAUCAAGUACUCUCUAAUAAUCCGUGUGGUCUGAAGAUUAAUGACUUCCUGUUCUGCCCCCAAAAGCAUGUUAUCUGGGUGAUUCCCCAACUGUGCCGUCAUUCAGCUCUCGUAACCCUUAAACUUCAAUUUUUAAAUAAUUGUUCAACAAUGAAUCGAGGAAAACGUUCAUUUAACUAUUCAAAAAUGUCUUGACUUCAAACAACAACAACAACAACAAAAUAUUUACAAGGACUCUUUGGUACAUUUUGCUCUUAAAAGAGUUCCAAGGUUAAAAGUAGUGAUGUUAAAGCUUCAUGAAGAGUUGAAGCAUUAAACCAGAUGUGUUGAAGAUGUUUGUUUCUUUGGGCUAUAAGUGCACACUAGAGCUCUAGUGGUCAAAAGACUUUAGUCCUGUGUAACAUGUAACACUGCACUGUGUGUACAGGCCAAUACGAAGUACAUGACUGAUAUAAUCAAUAUCAAAUAAAUGAAUUCCUGAAGGUGAA